AUGAGCAGAUAUCCUUCAGAGGACGGCCUCUUGACUCAGUUCCUGUGGGCCUACGCCAGAGCCUGCAGCCUGAACGGCCACAAUGAACUGGGAGACUGGUGGACCAAGGCUGAAUGCUCUCCACCCAAGGCUUAUUGUCAGGGRAUUUUCUGCAAAGAGCAUGAGUUCUGUGGCUGGACGUUCAGUGGACAACCUGCCUGUCUCUGCAGAGCUGUGUUCMCCUGGAAGUACAAAGAGUCCGACACUCUUGGUGAUCCAACGAUCUGCGUUCAUAAUUCUGCUUCAGUCAGUCUUUAUAACUGUCUGCUGGAAGAAAGAGGCAUCGACUAUGAAGUCCUACAUCUCAAUGAUCCGACCUGCAAGGGUCAGCUGAACAACGUGACCAACACCGUGACUUUCAGCUUCAACACCAGAAACCUCUGUGGAGCAAAGAUCUCGUUUAGUAAAAACGAUAUCAACUACACCAACGCCAUCAUAAACCAGAACAGCACCGAUAUCAUCGUUCGCCAGAACCAAGUGUACAUCGAGUUCUCCUGCUAUCGUCCUCAACCUGAAAUGAAGAGCGUGGCCUUCAGAGUCCAGGACAACAGCUACAUAGGACCUGCAACAACUGGAGAGUGGAACUACACGGUGUCCAUGACGCCCUAUAUAGAUGAAAAAUGCUCUAGAGUUGUGGCUAAAGAAACUGAUGUGAGGCUCAACCAGAAGGUCUGGGUGGAGCUGAAGACCUACGGGCUGGAUGCAGAGCGCAUCACCAUGGUAACUGAGUCCUGCUGGGCAACCAGUGACCCGAACCCUGACAGCUCGCCGAGAUACGACCUGGUCAUAGACGGCUGUGCCAACCCUCGUGAUGACACGGUGCAUGUGACGGGAAACGGAGUAGGAACUUCCAACCGCUUCUCCUUCAACAUGUUUGAGUUCCGCGGUCAGCGAAAUAAUGUCUACCUGCACUGCCAGCUGCAGCUGUGUCUCACGAAGAACAAKUGUGUCCCGGUGUGUCCUCCAAAUAAAAGAAGACGUCGGUUUGCCAGGUCCAAAUACGACCAGGGAGCUCCUGCCUUCUUAAGCAUGGGCUGGAAAAAAUAGAUGGUUUCCACAGUGACUCGGACUGACCUACCAGCUGCUGACCUUCAUGAUGCCUGCAGACCUGAGUCCUGAUCCAGAUGUUGGACCUGUGGAAGGAUGAGCUCAGCUCCAGCUGCAGCUCCACAGCUGGAAGCAGCUGCUGGUUUAACAGAACUGUGAGGACAGGACAGAACGUUUUCCACAGCAGAAUCUGAAGAUAAUCUUUGUGUGGUUUUAAGAUGAUUUAGGCAAAGUUUGGGCUCAGCCCGGGUUUUAUYGURUUGUUUAAGUUAAUGAAAUMUUARGUUUAAUCAAACACAAACUGUAUGUUGUGUCAUCACAGAUACAGUCUGAAGUAAUGAGGUGCUUUAAAAUGAUCAAAGCUUCCGUCCUAUCAUCAGUCAYUGAUGCUCAGGGUUUAAAAGGUAAAAA